AACUUUACCCUGCGCGGCCUAUUCUUUCUUCACUACAAAGGUACCAAUAAUGAGGACUGCGGCGAUUUUCAUGCUCCCGGUUUAGGACAUGUGCAAGCUAUGAUUUACGCCAUUGAAAGGAUAAACAGUGAUCCUAAACUACUGCCAAACAUAACUUUGGGCUACGACAUACAUGACUACUGUGAAAGCGCCUCCCUUGCUGUGAAUGCGACUUAUAAAUUUGUGAAAGAUAUGGAAUCGAAUUAUGUAUGCCCCAAAGAAUUCUUGGCGUCACAACCACCAAAUAAAACGGCACCAGGACAUGUAAGUCCCCUGAUCUCUGUUAUAGGGCCUGGCGAUUCUGGAAGUUCUGUGUUAGUGGGAAGUCUGCUCAAAGUUGCGGGGGUACCUGCCAUCAGUUUCGGUGCUACCAGUGAGGAAUUGAGCUCACCAUUUUACAAGCACUUUUACAGGACCGUGCCUUCGGACAAGCAGCAAGCGAGUGCCAUGGCGGAUUUGUUUGAAUAUUUCGGUUGGAACUAUGUUGGGGCGGUUGCUGUUGAUGACUCAUAUGGCAGGUAUGGCGUGUGGGCUCUUGAAAAGGAAUCGUUUACAAGAAAAUCAUUUUGCAUUGCGCUGUCAGAAUACAUCCCGCGUUUAAACUAUAUGAACAAGAUUAAAAUUAUUAUAUCAAAGCUGAAGAGAGAAAGAAAAGUUAAAGUCAUUGUACUUUGGCUAUUUGGCGGCUAUGGAAAAAGAUUUUUAAAAGAAGCAGAAAAGCAGCAAAUUUUCGACCGUACCUGGAUUUUAAGCGAUGCCCUUGCAUCUGAGCAACCGAGGCACGUCCGUACUAUCUUCAAUAUCCUAGACGGAUCCUUAGGAGUACAGCCCCGAUUUUACCAAAGCAAGGACUUUGAAUCCUAUUUAUCUACUUUCGCCCCGAAGGAUGUGAAGGAAAAACGCCUUUCGCACUGGUGGGAAGACGUAUGGAGAGAUGAAUUGAAUUGUUCAGUAAAUCAAUCUAAAGGUUUGGAUAUCUGCAAAGAGAACACGACAUUGUCUUGGCGAGUAAUUCCUAAAUUGUACGAUACCUUCCUCCCUUAUGUCAUUGAAGCAGUGUAUGCCGUUGCACACGCUCUUCAUAAGCUAUAUUUCUGCGUAGAACCGUACAGUCUUCUUCCGGGUGGCAAAUGUCCCGAUACUAGCGCAACUGUGAAACCGCUUGAUGUCGAUUUGUACUUAAGAAACGUUUCAUUUCAAGGUUGACUAGGCAAGGUUGAAUUUGACGAGGCCGUGACCCUUUGAUCUCGUCUUAUGACAUCAUCAACUUCCAAAAGCGAUCUGGAAGUGGCGAUGAACGAUACCAGAAAGUAAUUGUGGGUUCAUGGGAUAAGGCUUUCAAGAAAAGACUCCACGUUGACAAUGAAAAGAUCAAAUGGAGCAGCAGUUUUUUAAACUCGACCAGUAUACCGACCUCAGUCUUUUCAUUUGCAUGCCCUCCUGGGACGUUGCAGACUGCUACAACUACUUGUUGUUGGGAGUGUACAAAUUGUCCUAUCGGAUCAGUAAAUCCACUUCCUGGAUCUUCAAAUUGUUCAGAAUGUGCAAAAGAUCAAAGAACCAACAAUGAACGAACGAAAUGUGAAGAUUUACCAAUUGCUAAUAUGAAGUUAACAGACAUCACUGGUUUAAUUAUAACUGGCUUUGUGUCUCUUGGCGUACUACUAACACUGUUUUCGUCCGUUAUUUUAUUGAAAUACCGAGAAACGCCUCUUGUCAAGGCCUCAAGUCGUGAGCUAAGCGCAAUUCUACAACUUUCUAUAACCAUGUUCUUUGCACAAACAUUUCUGAGCUUGAUUAAACCAACCAAUUUGAUUUGCCGUUUGAGGUGUUGUUUUAGUUACGCUUCAUUGGGAACAUUCGUAGCUACUUUGAUGAUUAAAACUCUCCGCAUUCUAAGCGUAUUUCACGCUAAUCUCAUCGACAGGACUACAAAGCAGCUCAUCUUAACAACGAAAAUUCAAGCGAGUUUCAUGGUUUUACUUAACGGAGUGGUGUUUUGUCUCUUGACAUCUUGGCUGAUUCUUGAUCCACCAUCCCUUAGACGGGUAAUUCAGAGAGGCGAGUCCAUUUUCCUAACGUGUCAGCCGCAUAGCUCCAGAGGCGGGUUUGGUCUUCACGUGGCAAUCAACUGCUACAUUUUUCUUCUUUCCUUGAUUUCUACUAUACAAGCAUUUAAGGCCAGAAAACUGCCAGAAAAUUUCAACGAGGCAAGGUACAUUGGUCUGGCUAUGUACAUACUCCUUCUUUCUACUGUAGCAUAUUUCCCAGUCGACUUUGUGGGAUUAGAGAACUGGAGUGGAGCCAUUGUGGCAUGCGCCACUACAUUAGUGAGUUCCUAUGGCCUCCUAGGUUGUAUGUUUGCUCCCAAGAUGUACGUCAUAUUAUGUCAGCCAGAACAGAACACUAUAGCUGCCGUGCGC